GUGAAUUUAUUGUGCCGGUCCAUUGUACGACGACGAAGAAGACGCGGCGGCAUCAUCGUAAUCGUGUCGGCUUAGACAUACAUAAACCGUAAUCGCGAACUGUGCACGUAGUCGUACCUACCACCUACGGUUCAAUCGUUUUCGUGAUCGAUUGCGGCCGUUAUUUCCGGUUGCUCGUCCUCCAUAUCCGGACCGUCGCCGCGCAGCUUCCUCACGGCUGCCGCUGCWGAUCACGACGACCACCCACGCGCCUUACAGCCGUGUAUAUAUAUAUACUAUUUAUCUAUAUAUAUAUUAUACGCACGCGCGACAGCGAUAUAAUAUAGCAGUUGCACUAGUGAUUAGCUACGAUCAACUAUAGGACGCGGUGACCGGUGCAAUCGACAUGGGUUCGAAGAAACCGAGCACGUGGUCCGUGACGCUCAAGAGAGACGGAAAGUCUCAACCAUGGGGUAUCCGAUUGGCCGGCGGAGCGGAUCUCAACACGCCGUUGAUCAUAACCAAGGUCUACGCCAGAUCGCCCAGUGAAAGUAGCCUAAGAGUGGGCGACAUCAUACGGAAAAUCGAAGUAUACGACGCUCGAGACUUGAGACAUUUGGACGCUCAAAAUUUGUUCGGAAACGCCGACCAGUCAAUAACUCUAGUCAUCCAAAGGGAUGCUCCUCAGUUUAACGGCUGCAGCAGCAGCAACAGCAGUCCAAUUCCGAUGGUCAAUAACCAUCAACUUAAUCAACAGCAACAUGCCACCGCGUGGCCAAUUGGAAAUGGUCUUUACGGUUACGAGCGGUCCGUCCAGUCACCCGUCAACAAUUUCUGCCGUUUYCCUCCAUCACUGAUCGAUAGUCCGUCUUCGUAUGACUGGGACGAAGCGCACGACCAGGUGGCGCUCGACCAACAGCCCUACAGAACGAACCCACUGGUGUUACCCGGAGCAAAGGUCAAGAGAGAUCCGCCCAAGACCGAGUCAUACUUGCGCCAUCAUCCAAAUCCGAUGAUGAGAGCGCAUCCGUCACACCACGAUCAACCCAUGGACACCCUGAUGAAACAAAAGGUCACGGACACGGUGUUGCAACGGAUAAGCAGCGAGGAAGCCAAGUCAAGACCCGGUAGACAGGUGGUACACAAACAGUUCAACUCUCCAAUAGGUCUUUACUCUGAGGAAAACAUCGCUCACUCAAUCAAAUCGCAAACGGGAUAUACUCCGGAAGAGGAAGAAGAGAAGUACGGUCGUUUGAGGCACAAGAAGACUGUGCAGUACGACCCAGCUAAAUCUGAAACGUAUAAGGCGAUUCAAGAAUCAGAACACGGAGACUUCCACGCUCAAGAGAUUUCGAAGCCAGUGCAACCGAAAGUAUUCACACCUGUCCAAGGAACGGUAAAAAAAGCUCCGAUUAGCAACGGCCAUGGCCACCAAAAUCAUAAUAAGUUGUCAGCUCCUUAUCAUCCAAAUCCAGGAGUAAGUAAAUAAUAAUAUUAUUAUUUAUUAAUUAUUUCAAACUUCUUAGUACUUA